AUGGAGACAGUAUUUGGUGUGUAUCAUGAUACAGCCAGUUUAAUAGAGAAUAACCAUAAAACACCAGAGAAAAAGGAACUCGAAGAUUCGGAAGCAAAAAAUACUAUUAAGAAUAUUAACAAGACAGCAGUUCAGAGGUCUUUGGAUUUACCAAAUCCCAUCCAGUCUAUCUUCAAUUCAAGAUUCUCAAUUUCACCUGCAAUCUCUCCUCACACAACCCCUCCGACAUCACGUCCAUCCACUCCGUUGUUAGAUGUGUCAGGUAACAGGUCCACCCUCAUUCCUUCUGUGAAUGGGCUUUUAUAUCCAGUGGAUGCUAGGGAACAGCAGGAAACCAUUUCCAAGAAUAAAUCGGACCCAUCUCGCAUUGAACAAAGUCACCCUCUCACCACUUCAAUCAUUUCUCCUUUGGCAAGGACCGCGUACCAGGACCCCUCCUUUUUUCAAAAUGUGAAAAAAGCAACAGGGAUGGUUGAGGGUGAGGAUCUGUACAACCUUGCUAAACGUCCUUCUUCGCCAUGGAAUCUACAUAGAACUGGGGAUAAUUUUACGUCCGGUCUCGAAGGUGAAGAUCCGUACAAUCUCGCUAAGCGUCCUUCUUCGCCAUGGAAUCUACAUAGAACUGGAGAUAAUUUUACGUCCGGUCUCGAAAAAGGUGAGUGA